CGUUCUCAUAACUCCUAUGACACGCUUAAAUUUCAAAUAUCCAUUUUUGUAUCAAACCAAAUUACUUCGACACAAUACUAUAGUUUUUCAAUUACCUUUUGUUUAAUAUCCAAGUUGUUUUUUCCUUUUUAUUUUAAUUUUAAACUUCUCUCAACAACUACCCAAUUUGAAAAACCUAGAAUUGGAAUAAGGGUUUGUUGAAGGAAAAAUGAGAAGGAGACCAGGAAUUGGAGGGUUACAAACAGCUGCUGCUGCAAGGGAUCAAUAUAGGUUAUUGGGUGAGAAUGUAGCAAAGAUCAGAACCGAUAUGAUGAAAGAACAGCUUUCCACUUUUCGUUCUCAGCUUGAAGAUUUUGCUCGGAAACACAAGAAUGACAUCCGCAAGAACCCUGCAUUCAGAUCACAGUUUCAUGAGAUGUGUGCGAAAGUUGGAGUAGAUCCCUUGGCUUCAAACAAGGGUUUUUGGGCAGAGCUAUUGGGGAUUGGUGACUUCUAUUAUGAACUUGGAGUUCAAAUAGUGGACAUUUGCUUGGCUACUAGACCACUCAAUGGUGGAUUGAUCAACCUGCAGGAACUCUGUAAUCUCCUUCGCCAGAGACGAAAAAGUGAUCGCGGAGUUGUUUCUGAGGAUGAUUGCUUGCGUGCUAUCAGUAAACUGAAGGUUCUAGGUAGCGGGUUCGAAGUUAUUUCUGUUGGAAAGAAAAAACUUGUUCGUUCGGUUCCAACUGAGCUGAACAAAGACCAUAAUGAAAUUCUAGAACUUGCCCAGGGUCAAGGAUUUGUGACUGUCAGUGAAGUAGAAAGGAGGCUAUCUUGGACUCCUGGCCGUGCUAUUGAUGCACUUGAUACAUUACUUGAUGAGGGACUUGCAAUGAUUGAUGAUGGCCACAAAGAUGGGAAACGGCGUUACUGGUUUCCUUGUGUAUCCCCCAUUUCGUCUUUGACAGGAAUUGAUUCCUUGUAAAUUUGGUAGAAAAGAAUCUGAGGUCAGGUUUUUCAAGACCUUUGUUUGAUUGUUGUAAGCUUGCUAAUUGGUUGUUCUUCUUGGAUUCUUGACAGAUUUGUUCUACAAUGUGUAAUUAAUUUUAUUUUUUUUAGUUUACUAUGUAAGUGACCUAUGCUUUGAUAUCAAGAUAUUUUUCUAAAACUGGACUUGAAAUGAUUCUUAUAUUUUUUUGUUUA